UGUGGUAUUGUUUUGAUUGAACAGACCGUACAAACCAACCCCGGUUGGCAGAAGCUGCAGCUCCCUUCUGGAUCUAUCCCAAAUCUGAAUCUCCAAACCCUAAACCUAAACUAAAGUCUCACCCUUUCCACUCCCCCCCUGCGAUUGCAUCUCUUGGGUUUCUUCCUUUCCGCGAUUUCAAUCUGAAACCUGAGGUUGUGGAAUUCAAGUGAUUGGGGGUCAAGCAGGAGACUUGGAUUGGCGCUGGUAAUGCCAUUGGUGUGGUUUGUGAGGAAUUUUUCGGUGAUUUUUCAGAUACCGAAAACACACAAUGUCUUGGGCAGGCCCUGAGGAUAUUUACCUCUCGACUUCACUAGCCAGCUAUCUUGAUAAGAAACUUCUUGUAUUACUGAGAGAUGGUAGAAAGCUCAUGGGGACACUUCGCUCUUUUGAUCAAUUUGCUAAUGCGGUUCUUGAAGGGGCCUGUGAGAGGGUUAUUGUUGGUGAUCUGUAUUGUGACAUACCUUUGGGUCUCUAUGUGAUUCGUGGGGAAAAUGUUGUUCUAAUUGGUGAGCUGGACUUGGAGAGGGAGGAACUUCCUGAACAUAUGACACGUGUUUCUACAGCAGAAAUCAAGAGGGCACAGAAAGCAGAAAGGGAGGCUUCAGAUCUGAAAGGAACUAUGAGGAAAAGAAUGGAAUUCCUUGACUUGGAGUAAUCAACCCUCACUCAUCCUUCACCUCCCGUCCGCAAAUAUUAUAGCGGGCUGUUCUUCAGUUCAGAUAUUUUGUUGUUUUUCUCGGCUAUUAUUGCCUUUCAUGGGAGGGUUGAAUACUCUUGAAUUUUCCUUUGUAAUAUUAUCCCGAGGAAUUAAUACUAUUAUUCAUUUGCUUUGAAAAAAAUUGUCAAUUAAUUUAGCCUGUUUUCAUUU